AUGAUUAUACCCAAGAUGGCACUGUUGAUUUCCGUGGCAAACCUGCUGUUCCAUCCAAAACUGGCAAAUGGAAAGCUUGCGCUUUUCUCGUUGCGUUACUGUACUCUCGAGUUCGAUGGUGCAUCCAGUGGAAAUCCUGGAAAAUCUGGUGCAGGAGCUGUACUGCGUUCUGGGAAUGAGGUCCAUCGCUUCAGUCGAGGACUGGGCACUCAAACAAAUAAUUCUGCUGAGUAUCAAGGUUUAAUUUUGGGAUUGAAAGAAGCCAAUAAUAAAGGGUAUGAUCAUGUUGAAAUCCGAGGUGAUUCCAAGCUUGUCUGCGAGCAGUUUGCAGGUAAAUGGAAAGUCAAUAACCCGAAUUUAAGAGACCUGCGUAAUGAGACUUUGGACUUGAAGGAUAAUUUCAAGUCAGUCACUGUUGAACAUGUUCCUAGGGCUUCUAAUAGAGAAGCUGAUGCUCAAGCAAGUUGGGGUAAAAAUCUUGAAGCUGGCCAAGUUCAAGAAGACUAUUACUACUACUGA